ACAGUACAAAGCAAGUAGUUGUAUCUGAUAUUUUAAUACAAAACAAUAACGUAUUACAACACAAUGUUUAAAAAUGAGCUCUUAGCAAGACUACUGUUCCGUAAAUAUUUUAAAAAAUUAAAUUACAGGGCUUUCCUAUAGGGGUCGACCAAGUGUAGGUUUGGCGAAACAACCCCCCUUAACACACAAAGAAGAAAGUUAGCCGUUGCCAAAUAUGGUUAUAAACACCGGUUUCGCGCGCUAGCUAAGCGAGUCCAAAAGUGAGUAUACUACCAAUCAAUGUGAGACAAAACAUGCUAAUUAUCCUAGUAUAUUAUUGUCAUUAAUUGAAGAUUACCACACCUGCAUUUCAACUCAGUUACCAUGUAGUAACGAACUUCUUAACUGUAGUACUCGAUGCAGUAGUAAAAGGGGUGUGCGAUUGUUUUGUGUAGUACUAUCAAACCGAGCGUCACUGUGCUCUGACAGGACAUUGGGAAAAUGUCCGGGUGCCCCGUGCCCUCUCUUCAACCACCUCCUCUUCCACCUCCACCACCAGCACCUCUACACCCAGCAGACAAAAAGAAGAAGUUGUAUCAGACGAUAGGAGGCAGUCGCAGCCCAGUGGAAGGAGACAACACGGAGCCCCUCCUGCUCAUUCGGCAGAGGGAGAGCAGUUUCAGCCGAGCUCUCCACUGGACUCUGGUAAACACGUACGUGCCUUCUCUCAUCCAAGACGGCCCACAGUGCGGCCUGGUGGCCUUGUGGAUGGCUGCUCACCUGCUGCAGCCGUCCGUUGACAUGGAUGCCGUGGUUCAGGCUGCGCUUGGCCGAGGCUUCACAGCGCAGGGUGAAAUGUUCUCAGCUAGAAACAUGGCGUUGUUGGCCGAGGAGGUGUGUGGAUGCAAAGCGGAGCUGUUGUCAGGUGGUUUGAGUGGCAACAACGCCACCAAGCUCGUCGCACACUUAUGGAGCAGACAGCCUGUUCUCAUCCCAUAUGAUGAAGACUACAACCACGAGCCCUGCCAGCGCGGCGGCCACAGGGCACACUGGGCCGUGGCCUCAGGUGUUCUCCUGGGUGUUGACCAGGGGGGCUUGGACACCGAGUCCACUCAGCCCGACCUCACUCUGCCGUGGAUUCACCUGAGAAGGGACUCCAGCUCUUACUCCACGUCAUGUCCCGCUGCAAACAUCUCCAUUUUCAGAGAGGUUUACAUCCUGGCCAAACAGGGCAAAAGUCUGCGCUACCAACUGUGGAGUCUGGACAGCGUUGCCCGUAGCAACGAGCAGCUGAAGGGGAUGGACCCGCAGAGAUGCGGCGACGGAACACAGUAUGUGCUUCCCCAAGGUGGCAUGGAAGCCGGUUUGGCUGGUCAGGCUGUUUUACUGCACAUAAGUACAGAGUGUGAUAGUGGCGCACACAAACAACAUCGCAUGCUUCAGUCAACGAAGAAGACAUUUUUAAAUUGCCAGCAGUGAUGGAGUUUGGUUCACGAUGCUGAAAUAUUGACAUGGCAAAAGUACCUCUUUCUCUGAUACACACUGUACUUAAGCAGAAGUACAGAUAUAUCUUCUGGUUUUAACCUAAGUAUCAAACUUCCUGUUUGGCUUCUUUUUUUGUGUGGGUGUUUUUUUUUGUAAUCCAAACCCAGUGUGGACACGUUUAAACAAAGUUCACUUUCCCUCUUUUUUUUUUUCUUUCCACCACAUGGUGCCUAGCAGAGUUGAGGAAGAUGAUGAUGAUUAUUGGUUUAAGCAUGCUGCAGAUUGUUGUGCUUUUUUCUUAUUUCAGAGUAGACGUUUUAAUAGCGUUGGACAGAAAUGUGAGCAUUUACCUCUUUUUGUACACUGUCAAUCAUUUUAUUUCUUCGGUCACCAUUUUGAACGUGCUAGCAAUAGCAAUGCCAUGCUAAUUUGUACUUGUACUGUAAUUUGAUACUUGUUAAAAAGUACUGUACUUAAAAAUGUAUUUCAGUACAAUAGUAAUGAUUUAUUUUAGUUAUAUGCAGUACCUUUUGUAAACCUACAUAGUGCUUGUACUGAAAAAAAUAAAUAAAAUCACAUUGCAUGUCA